AAAAAGCGGGUAAAAACCAGUGGGGGCGAAUCAUAACAGCGAAGGGGAAAUGAAAACAGAUCGGGGCGCAUAGGUAGGCAGUAGGCGUGGAAAAAUGGGCCGCCAACCCGUGUGUAUCGAGGAAGACUUGAAAAACUAAGUUAUGUAGAAAAUGUCUCUGCGCAGAAUUGCUAAACGCGACUUGACGGCUACGGAGAGAGAAUCGCCAGAACGGAAUUGGCGAUGCUGGGAGCAACGACGGCCCGAUCGGGCGCCUGCCGAGACCGAGUCCGACAACAGCCACCACGCCACCUCCACCACCACUCCAGCGGCAGCCCCGCUGCUCAUUGCAUUUCGGUCUCUUGCGCCGAUGUGAAACGAAACCCAACUGCCGGCGUAUAAGUUGGUGGAGGGGCGGCGCUUGCCCAAAACCCCGCCUCCUUAACGCUCGUUGCCGGGUGACCGAACAUGUGGGCGGGGCCCGAUCUCUCUGGCUCUCCCCCCGCUUCUGAUUCAAACCAAUCAGCCGGCAGUGUAGUCGGUGGGUGGGGAGGAGCGUCUUUAUUCUGCCCAAACAUCCGUAUUUACACAGGGUUAGGGCCAACCGUUCGCUUAUUACUGUGUGUGAGUGCUACAAGUACUUUUGCUAUCACAGACUUAAACAAAACCAAGUUAAAGUAAGAACGCACACAGAUGAUUAGGAUAAGUGUUUGGUCAUUCAAUUUGCCGUAGACUCUCGCCCCGUGAACUGUGUGUGUGUGCGUGUGAUAGCUAAAGCGCCCGCGACCUUAUUUGACCUGUUGAGUUGGCGUGUGGCCGGCGUGACCCUAUCCCUCUCUCUGUAUACGGAGCCGUUUCUUGGCCGAAAGAGAAUUCGGGCAGUUUUGGUGAGUCUUCGUGGCUGGGUGCACGAAGUCGCCGCCAAACCCAAAAGCGGAAACAAUGUCCGGUGUGUGAUCGAUCGCGACGGAGAAAGAAAGUCCAGGGGGAGGAAGUUCGGUGAUAGAAGUGUGGACAGUGUCUCUCUCUCUCUCUCCUUGUGAAAUCCCCCGAAAUUAAAAAGGGUCAACAUGUUGUCCCAAAAGUUAUACAGUGACACCAUGACGCCCAUGAGUUCCUCGGCGCCCCCAGUGUCGCCCAUGUCCCAAACGACCUACGGAAUGAACUCCAUGAACAGCAUGAUGGGCAUGAACACAUACCAACAGCGACUGCCUCCCAACAUGGAUUUUUCCUCUUCGAUGAGUGGCAUCAGUGCGAUGGGCAUGAGUGGGCAGUGCAUGAGCCCUGGCAUGACGGGCAUGGGGGCAUUCCCUCCCAUGAAUACCUCCAUGCAGCAGAUGAAUGGCAUGAGUGGAUGCAUGAGUGGCAUGGGUGGGAUGGGCGGUAUGAACCAGAUGGUGCCCUACGGGCGCGACCUGCAGGAGCCAGACAGUCCAGUGUCCUCGGCGCUCCAAAGGGCGCGGCAGGACAAAACCUACAGAAGGUCCUACACCCACGCCAAGCCUCCCUACUCGUACAUCUCCCUCAUCACGAUGUCCAUCCAAAACGCCCCCAACAAAAUGGUGACCUUGUCGGAGAUCUACCAGUUCAUCAUGGACCUCUUCCCCUACUACCGCCAGAACCAGCAGCGCUGGCAGAACUCCAUACGCCACUCCUUGUCCUUCAACGACUGCUUCGUCAAAAUCCCUCGCACCCCGGACAAGCCAGGCAAGGGCUCAUUCUGGUCCCUCCACCCAGACUCGGGCAACAUGUUCGAGAACGGCUGCUACCUGCGUCGGCAGAAGCGAUUCAAGUGUGAGAAGAAGGAGUCGGUCAGGACGACCAAAACCCCAUCCUCGGGGCAGCACCAGAGUCCAGUCUUAGCUACGAAACAAGAGAGCAACGAUGAGGGCGAUACCAAGGUUGACACUUCGUCGCUGGCUUCCCCCGGGCAUCCAGCCCACGUGGGCCAUAAUAGUCAUCACACGGGGCACCCCGUGAAUCCGGCAGGGCAGCAGCAGCAGGGUCAGCAACCUCCCAGCGACCCCGUUUCGGGCAUGACCCAACUCCUAGAAGCUGCCACGAAGCUGGAACCUCCCGAAUCCGGAUAUCAGAUGCCGCCACCACCCACGGUUAGCGUUGCAGACAAAUACAGCGCCGAACAGCAACAGCAGCAGCAACAGCAACAGCAGGCGACGCAGGAACAGCAGCACCACCAGGCCGCCCAUUUAGGUACACCCACCGCCCACGAUCUGCACGCAGCGCCGCCCCUCCAUCCGUCCCUCCUGAAGGACUACACAGCUUCAGCGUACCUCAAGGAUUACUCGAACGGCCACCUGAAGGACUACGGAGGGUACCUGAAGGACUACGGCGGCCACCUCAAGGACUACGACCACCUGAAGAACUACCCGGCCCCUGCCCACCCCUUCAGCAUCACCUCCAUCAUCGCCGCCGAAAACAACUACGGAGGUUACUUGAGCCCGCUGCCGCCCGCGUCCACGGCAGCGCCCUCGCACCACGGCAUGGCCACCGACCACGGAGGCUACUAUCCGCCCCCUCUCUACCACCACACCACCACGUCUCUCUGAUGUGGGCGUGGGCGGCUCUACUCCCUCAUCACCUCGCCCACCACCACCCGAAUCUUGUAAAUACGGUGUGAAUGUCUUUCCUUUUUCUGCGCGUCGGUAGGGAAUCUGCAGGGUCAGCCAACCAGCAGUACUAUUCAUUCAUUCAUUCGAGAGGAAAGUGGGAAAGUGAUGAUAAUAAGGACGAAGAAAGAGAGCAGAAAAGCAAGUAGUAAAUGGGGAGAAGUUGAUCGAAGGAACACUUAUGUUUUUGUAAGAUAAAAUAAAAAUGUAUCAGAGAAAUGUUUGAGAAGAAAAGAACUCCGAAGAAAGCGAGAGGUGAGCGCGCCUUCUUUCAACCCAGUUUCAUUAAUGGUCAUGUUCAUAUUAUUAGAGACGAAUCUUGUUCUCCCGGAGGCAGAGCGGCGACUCUAUCGCAAAAGACAGACGCUGCUGCUUCUGCUGUCCGCUGUGAAGUAUAUAUAAAUAAUGUGUGGAUAGAGGAAAUUGAAUAUUUUGUGGAAAAUACGAGUGAUAUACUUCCCUGUAUACGUAUAGAGACUUCAGUGCUGGAUGCGGCCUCCUCUCCUCAAAUUGUUAACAAAGACGAGUGGUUCUUUUUUUUUCGGUGAUAGUUUUUCUUUAGUAUUGAAAUACGCUUUUUGCAACCCGUUAACAGUGAAGGAGGAACAUUCGGAAAUGAAAGAUAAAAAGGAGAAGGGAGGAAGCUCUGAGCUUUGAUAGGAGACAGAGGGAAGGAGAGUGGAAGGAAGGAAGGAAGGAAGCUUCAGCCGAAAGAAGCGGUCGAGAAACCGGAAUCGAAAUGGCCGCGGAGGAGGAGGAGGAGGAGAAGGAGGAGGAAGCGGCCUCAAAUUCCCCCGUGUAUUCUAUGUCGUUGUAGCCGUGGCAAAGAUGUGACUGUGUGUAGUUGUACAUAUUAUACUCAUAGCAAAUAUAUCACUCCUUGAUACCUUUUAUUUUUGUAUGUAACCCUCUCCUGUUAUUAUUCUCAUUUUUCAUUAUUAUUAUUAUUAUAUUAUUAUUAAUUAUUAUUAUUAUUAUUGUCAAUAUUAUCAUUAUGAUUGUCAAUAUUAUUAUGACCAUACCUGUGGCCUGUACUGUUUACCUUUCCUCUUCGCCCAGACCUCUCUCUGCUGUAUUGUAGUACCACGGAAGUUGAGGAUUGCAUUGUAGAGGCUCAUUUGAUUUUAUUGUUUAUGUUUGGAAUCUCAUUUGAUGCGAGUGAAGGAAAAAAAACAUUAGCUGCCCUACUCAUGUAAUCACCCCAAGGCCUUUUUUUCAUUUAAUACAGUCUUCUUUUUUUCUGAAUUCGCUGCAGUCUUUGUUGCAAUAGUCUUAAACUAUUAAAUGUUUAUCGCCCAGGUCCGACAGUGGAUUCUAGUGACGCAUUUGAUUCCAACCUCAGUGUGGCGACAUGAUCACUUUACGUCCAACAUUUGUACAUAAAAAAAAAGAUGAAUGAUAGAAAGAGAGAGAGAGAUACAGAUCCUUUCAUGUAUAAUCUAUGGGUAGGCAUCUCUUUAAACAAGAUGGCUCUCCCAAGGAUAACAGAGCUGCCGCCGGCCAUCAGGACCAUCCUCCGUCACCCCCCCUCCCCCCCCCCCUCAGCUGCUCUUCAUGGUCCUUGGAUUGCCCAAAACCUUGUUCCCCUCCCACCAUCUUUUUUUUUUUUUUUUUUCUUAUUUUUAUUGAGGGGCAAUGGUCAGUCUUGUUGCUUUUGUCCACUUCUUCAUUGCUACUCAUCCAAUUUCUUCCACAAUUCUUACCGUCUGAUGAAAAACAACUUCUGUCAGCUGCUUUUCAAGAGAAGUUGGCCGCUACUUUGUAUAUACUAGAGAUAUGGUUAUGUUCUAGAACCUUUGUCAUCCAGGGUAUAGUCAUAUAAGUACUAAUUUUGUCAGGGGUAUAUUAGUAUAUUUGAUUCUUUUUCUGUAUUUUUCUUACCAACUAUGUGCAAUAGUGAUUAUCAUAGUCCACGUGUUACCUUCAAUUUUAUCACAGUUGUUGCUAUCUACUUUAAUUUGAUCGCGAACAUGAGAUAUUUAUCUUGAAAGUCAACACAUUCAGUGAAUCUAUCUUCCUUUCAUUCUAAGCCCACAAAUCCAAACAUAAACACUUCAUGACUUUUGGCAUCUUUUACGACACUCGAAACUGCUUUCACUUUGAAGAAUCUGGGAAUGGAUUUCAUUCUCCUCCAAUUUUUCUUAUAAUUCAUGAGGCUAAAUCUCAUCUCUCUCUCUCUCUCUCUCUCUCUCUCUCUCUCUCUCUCUUGUCAAUCACCCUUUCAUUUACCCUACUCCCUCCUUCCCCAUUUCCCUUUCCCCCUUUCCUUUUGAAAGGAUGGCUGGUGGCUCCCCCUGUUAACCUUUCGCAGAGAGAGCACACACGCAUGGAUCAGCUUCCAAAUUGGUCCGCACUGUACAAUUUUAUAGUCCUGUAUAUAACGUUAUGACGUAUUUUUUGUUAUUUAAAAUAAAAUGUGUUUUCAUGGAA